AACUAUUCUUAUCCCAGGUCCCAAACGGGUCCUUAAUUUCUGGGUAUAAGAUCCAGUGGGCGCACGACGACCGUCGUUGAAUGUUCCUCUCUGUUUGUCAUACAUCACCAUCGCGGCACUUAACAGCCUCCAGCAAACUUAAUUUUGUUCAGUUUUGCACUUUUGCUCUUUUCAUUUUUUGUCUUCUCAAUCACAACUUUAAAAUACAAAAAACACUUUUUGUUUUUGUAAAACCCUGUAACUUAUUUCUCAUUACUCAUAAUUUGCUAUGAAACGAGGGUAUCGCGAGUCUCCAUCUACCUCAGACGGGCCGCCUCAAUCCAGAUUCAGACACAACCCAGAAGGUGAUGCUCAAUUUUUGGAGGAUGAGAGCACUAAGGUUUUUGCUAGGAAAGUAGCUGACCACUAUAGUGCAAGGACAAAUCAAACUUUGGAAGAACGAGAAGCGAGUCCAAUCAUUCACUUGAAGAAACUUAAUAACUGGAUCAAAAGUGUCUUAGUUCAGCUUUAUGCUCGCCGAGGGGACGCUGUUCUUGAUCUUGCCUGCGGCAAGGGUGGUGAUCUUAUCAAAUGGGACAAGGCAAAGAUCGGAUAUUAUGUUGGCAUUGAUAUUGCUGAAGGCUCAAUAGAAGACUGUCGUACACGUUACAAUGGUGAUGCAGAUCACCAUCAGCGUCGUAAGAAGUUCAGUUUUCCUGCCCGGCUCAUAUGUGGGGACUGUUAUGAUGUUCGUCUGGACAAUGUCCUAGCAGAUGAUGCACCUUUUGAUAUCUGCAGUUGCCAAUUUGCCAUGCAUUAUUCCUGGUCUACUGAGGCACGUGCAAGGCGAGCCUUGGCCAAUGUGUCUGCUUUACUUCGUCCGGGAGGCACUUUCAUUGGGACAAUGCCAGAUGCCAAUGUGAUAGUUAAAAAGCUUAGAGAAGCUGAAGGAUUGGCCAUCGGUAAUAGUGUCUACUGGAUACGAUUUGAUGAAGAAUUUUCUGAAAAGAAAUUUAAAUCUUCUAAGCCGUUCGGCAUCCAGUACAAGUUUCAUCUAGAGGAUGCAGUCGAUUGCCCAGAAUGGAUUGUUCCCUUCCAUCUCUUCAAAUCAAUGGCAGAAGAGUAUGGAUUGGAGCUAGUUUUUGUGAAGAACUCACAUGAAUUUGUCCAAGAGUACUUGAAAAAACCUGAAUACGUGGAACUCAUGCGAAGACUCGGUGCCUUGGGUGAUGGUAACCAAGACCAGAGCACACUAUCACCAGAUGAAUGGGAAGUGGCCUAUUUGUACCUGGCAUUUGUCCUGAAGAAGAAGGGCCAACCAGACCGGACACAAACGAGUGGAAGGAGAGAUAAAGGGAAGAUGUAUAUAUCAAAGGAAGAUGUCAUGUACGUUAAUAGUGACUCAUAAAUGCAGCAACAAAAAUGUACCAGGAAGGAUUCUUUCAAAGAAUACGAUAAAAGGGUGGUCAAAGAAUGGAGAGCACCUGGCCAAAUAGGAGAUGAAUUGAACUCAAAUCUCUUAUGUUAGAUUCUUUAUGGCUAUUCAGUUUUGUAGAUUCAUGAAUACAUACUGAUGAUUUUUCAAACGCCCUUUCUGAGAAAGUGCCACUUUAAGGACUA